AUGGCAAAAAAGAAAGCAUUCACCCCUCUUUUCUAUCUUGCAUAUAUAGUAUUUUUGCCCUGGUGGAUUUCUUUCUCAGUUAAUAAAUGUCUGGAAUCUUGGGUUACUAAUUGGUGGAAUACUGGGCAAUCCGAAAUUUUCUUGAAUAGUAUUCAAGAAAAGAGUCUUCUAGAAAAAUUCAUAGAAUUAGAGGAACUCCUCUUCUUGGACGAAAUGAUCAAGGAAUACUCGGAAACACAUCUCGAAGAGUUUGGGAUAGGAAUCCAUAAAGAAACGAUCCAAUUAAUCAAGAUGCAAAAUGAGAAUCGUAUCCAUACGAUUUUGCACUUCUCAACAAAUAUCAUCUGUUUUAUUAUUCUAAGCGGCAAUUUUGGGUAA